AUGAAUAAUGCACCAUUAUUAAAUCAAUUAAAUAAUGAGGAGAAGAGACAGGCAAUUGUAGAUAAAGAAACAUGUGGUGAUUAUAUUUUAAUAGAUAUUAUAGGUAAAGGUGGUUUUGGUGUUGUAUAUAAAGGAUUACAUAAAACAAAAGGCCAUUUUUCAGCUAUUAAAAAGAUUAAAAUUAUAAAGAAAAAGAAACAACAAAAUGAAUCACAAAAUUCUUUAAUGGCAGAAAUUAAUUUAUUAAGAGUUUUAUCGCAUCAUAAUAUUGUAAGAUAUUACGAACAUAUUCCGUCAUCAUCACAUUCUUAUAUUAUUAUGGAGUUUAUCGAAAAUGGGUCAUUGGAAAAAAUUAUUAAAAGACAUGGUUUAUUACCAGAGUCAUUGGUUACAGUUUAUAUUGCACAAGUGUUAAAUGGUCUAGAAUAUUUACAUCGUCAAGGUGUUAUUCAUCGUGAUAUCAAAGCAGCAAAUUUAUUAAUUAGUACUGAUGGUUCAAUUAAAUUAGCAGAUUUUGGUGUUGCAACUAAAGUUUCAGAUUUAAGUAGUGAUAAUCCAGAUGAUUCGUUUGCAGGUACACCAUAUUGGAUGGCACCAGAGGUAAUUCAAAUGCAAGGUAUUUCGACGGCAUGCGAUGUUUGGUCACUAGGUUGCACUAUUAUUGAAUUGUUAACAGGUACACCACCAUAUUUUGGAUUAGCACCGGCUGCAGCAUUAUAUAAAAUUGUUCAAGAAGAUCACCCACCUAUCCCACAGGGCAUUUCUACAGCAUUAAAAGAUUUCCUAUUAAAUUGCUUUAAAAAAGAUGAGAAUAUGAGAAGUAGUGCAAAACAAUUAUUAUUUCAUCCAUGGGUCAAAUCAAUCGCUCAAAAUAUUAAAAUUACAGAAAACCAAGUUAAAAACGCAAGACAAGAGAUUUUAUCAUAUAAUACACAAUUACAAGAGAUUAAUUUAGAUACAAGACCAAGAUCUUCUGCAUCAAAUAUUCCUUUACCACAGGCUUCAACUUCGCCUUCAUCAUUACCACCACAACUACCAUCACCAAUAAAUACUACAGCCACAACUACCACUACUACUGCUACAAUCAAUAAUAACCCUUCAAGCACUUUCACAAAAUCACAACCAAUUUCGGUUGGUAAUGGUUCAGUUAGUAAACCAGUAGCACAACAACCACAAAUUUCAUCAUCACCAAAUUCAAUCUGGUCAGCAGUACCAUCAAGUAAAUUAAGUAAUGCAGCCAAUUCGAUCGAUAGGCCAUUACACAAAUCAUCACAUCCACCAGGUAGUGUCCAAAUUGCAUCACCACGUAAAUUAUCAGCAGGCCAAAAAGUUGCACCUCAACCAGUUCAACAACAAACACAACAGCUUUUAGAUAAAGAAAAAUUAAAUUCACAUCUCUUAAAAUUUUCAGAGAAAGAAAGCGAAGAUGAAUUCGAUAUUCCAGCAAUUCCAAGUAAUAAAAAUUUAAGAUCAGGCACCUUAUCACCACCUCCACCAUUAUUACAACGCCAACAAAGUUUUAAUAGCAAUCUUGCUACCAAUAAUAGUAAUAAUAAUAGUAAUAGUAAUAGCAAUAGUAAUAGUAUUAAUAGUAGUAACAGUAGUAAAUUAAAGUUACCUAAAUUCAAUAAAUAUAUGGAAAAAGAAAAUGAAGAUGAUGAAUCAGAUUUGAUUUUCGAUGUUAAGGUUAGUGACACAAGCAGAUUUAAAGUUAGAAAUCAAAAGAAGGAUUGGGAUGACGAGUUUGAAAAUUUCAGUUCAUCUGAUGAAGAAGAUAGCCUAUCAAAUGCUAGUGGUAGUACUGCUAAAAGUGGUGUUUCUUCAAUAAGCAAAAAUUUAUCAUCUUCAACAACAAAUAAAACAAAUUUAUUAAAUAGUUCUAAAAAUAGCAACAAUAUCAAUAAUAAUAAUAUGAAAUUAAAAGUUAAAGUUUCAGAUGCAGAAUGGGAUACAGAAUUCGAAGAGGCUUUUGAUACAAUGUCAUGGUCAGAUACAGAUAAUCAAAGAACUCUUAAUAUUCAAGAUAAAUAUAGAGAACAGGUUAUUAAAACUAUUGUUGAUUUCUUAAUUCAAUUAAAUCCAAAUCAAACUAAUGACCAAUUAAUCGACCUUUGUCAAAAAUUAACAGAUGUUUUUACAACUUAUCCUGAAGAGCGUAGAUUAUUAAUAAGCAAUGGAGAGGGCGGUGUUUAUUUCCGUUUACCAAUUAUUACAAUUUUAGAAAUUUUAGAAGAUAAAAGCAAUCAAAUUAUUAACGAUACAACAACAACAACAACAGCAACAGCAACUACCAUUAAUAGUAUAGCAUCAGCUUUUUCAACUUUAUCUUCAUCAUCAAAGUUAAUAUUAGGCUUAUUAAAAUUAAUUAAUCAAUCAAUUAUCAAAGAAAGGGAUAUCCAAGAGACUAUUUGUUUGAUGAAUGGUAUACCUAUUAUCACAAGGUUAGCAAAUAGACAAUUUGAUGAAUUAGUUAGAGAGGAAGUCUCAAGAUUUGUUCUCCAAUUAUGCAGCAGUUCGACCUAUAGUUUAAAUAUGUUUAUAACAGGUAGCCGUGGUUGUAGAGUUUUGGUCGACCUUUUAGAUAGUGACUAUUUCAAUGGCUUUAGUUUAAUUCAUAACUCAUUAGAUGCAAUCUCUUUAAUUUUUAAAAUGAACACUGCCUCACCAAAGACUGCUCUUUGCCAUCUUUUUGCAAAAACUUUAUUAAUGUACAGAAUUGCUUUUUUAUUAAAUCAAAUUUUUAAUCCAAAAGAAGAAAGCAACAAAGCUCCAUCCCCACCACCACCACAACCUACUAUCACAUCUACUCCAGCAUCAGGUGUUUCACCAUCAACUACAGCCAGAUUAAACAGAUCAAAAUCCCCAUCACUCACCAAAUCAAGUAGUGUUAAGAAUUUAAGUAAAGAUCAAUUCGAUAAAGUUUUAUCCUAUAGUGUAAAAGCAGCUGAUAUUCUUUUAUUCUUUUCAACUGGUGAUUCAUUAGUCAAAGAAGAAAUGAGUCAGGCCAACGUAAUCAAGUUUAUUGUUAAUGUUUUAGAAGAAAUUUACACAUGGAGAUUAAUAGGAAGUAAUAUAAGAUCAUUUUUAUUAAGAAUCCUCAAAGUAAUUAAAAACUUAUCAAUGGACCCAAAUAUUAGAUCUCGUUUAGAUGAUGCAGGCGUAAUCCCUCCAAUGAUCAACUUUUUAAAGAAACACUCUGGUAUUGAAAAGAUCACAGAGAUUCACAACCAAGCUUUACACAGUCUUUACUAUUUAUUAUUGUUGGAUAGAAAUCGACAAGAAAAAGCCUUAAAGGGUGGUAUUUUAGAACCACUUUUAAAUAUUAUCGACGAAAGAGGCCCCUUAAAAGAAUUAGCAUUACCAAUACUGUUCGAUUUGGUCAGAACAUCGAAUAAUCGUUCAAUUCUUUGGCAGUUAGAUACAUUUGGCAAGCUUUUAGACCUUACUGAAGACAGAAAUUGGUUUGCCGAUGCCAUUGAAUCAAUUUCAACAUGGGCCACCCUUGAACCAUCAUUGGUUUUCGAAAGGUUAACAGCAUCUGCAGAGUCCACCAACAAAUUAUUUAAUAUACUCAAUGUCAAUCAUAUCAAACAUCCAUCAUUCCAAAAAUCAAUUAUUCCACUCUACAAUUUAAUUAACCAUAAAUUUAAAGGUGCCGAAAUCUUGUUAAAAUCUCUCAUCAAAGAGGGAUUAGUUACUCAUUUAUUAGAGUGUCUUAGAAUCGACAAUUCGCCAAUUUCAAAAAUUACUUUAUUAAAAAUUACUGUUACUGUUGUAUCGUUUAGUAUUGAACAAAAUAAUAACAACAGUAAAACACUUGUACAAAGUCAAAUCGAAUCACUUCACACAUUAUUAAAUCAAAUAGUUUUACAAGAUGAAUCUGAAAUCGCUAAAAUGAUUGCAGAAAAUUUAAUUUUAGAUUUAAAUAAACUAAAAUAA